AUGAUCGCCAACCUGCCCUUGCUUUUUGCGAACGGUAACCCGACAGAUCUCUCAAAAAUUUCAGCGGCUGAUUUAGAGAAGUUUAUAACUUUCAUGGUGACAUGUUCUUGGGGUCAUGAUACGGCAAAAGACAUCCGGCAACCACCUUGGUGGCCGAAAAAUGUCCCUUUCUCGCACCCCUUUGUUAGACCUUGGAAAGUACCGCAAGACUGGCUGGUGAGGCUUAGGAAUUUGGUGAAAAGAUGCUACGAUUACCAUAAUAGCUCAUUUCUUUUAGGGUUUUCCGCCCACUUGGCGAGAUAUCCUCGUAAUAUACUCACUUACGUCGACAACAACGAUCACACAACGUCUCUCUAUCAUGCGCCCACGGGCCGCCUUCUGGUUACAUUCCGGAAUGAGAACUUAUUCUAUGAUAAGCCUGCUGAUAUUUACCUCUGUGAUACUUGUGACAGUCACUUUGACAAUGUAGAAGUGCUCAAAGCUCAUGAAAGACUGUGUAACAAUGUGAACUACGAAUCUGGUACAUGCAGUGGGACCUUAGAAGAGUUUCUCUCUGCAUUGAAAUUGAAGCCAGCUCAAGAAGAGACCAAAAAGGAGGACCCUGAAAACAGUUCCCUUGAUGUAAAACCAAGGAAUUCUAGGAGUUCAACCAACAUAGACAGAGGGCCUCCCUAUCCAUUCUCUUCUUUAGCAUAUAUGAAGAAUGCAAAAAUCAAUGUCCAGAGAGACACAACAUAUUCUCGUGAAAGAGUAGAGCGCUACUGCUGUAAUACAAAUUUUAGCAAAAAUUUAGUUAGUAAAGGAAAAAAUCAGACAUUUCCUGUGAGAUACAAAAGACCUAUAGACUAUUGGCAUCGCAAGCAUGUGUUCCCUGAUCAAAGGGGUAAAAAAAUCUUAGAUAUUAAAGGACAAUUGUUGCUUUUAAAGUGUAGACCCAUCUCUGUAAAUAUAGAAAGAAUGAGUUCUGAAAAAAUACAGGAAUAUAUAGAUAAUCUCAAAAAGGAAGGAGCCAGUAAAGAAGUUGAAGACAAAGAUGUGGUUUUUGUUGAUACAGAGGCAGAAUCUAUGCAUGUAGAUGUCAAAGAUAGUGAUCCUUUGCAUAAAGUGGACAAUGAAUGUGAAGUUAUUGAUCUGUGUUCAGACGAUGAGGAAACUAGUGUUAAUGAGAACUGUGAUCCUAGAGUUGGUAUCACUUGUGUAAUGAGAGGCGGCGCAGUGCUGAGACGCACUGCGGCGACGCCGAACGCCAUUCCUGCAGAGCCUUGUGGCGCCAGAGAAAGACCUAUCUCUUCUCUGGUUCUCCAGCCACAUCCAGUUAUUCUCAUUACCCACUCUCUGAACAAUUUACAGACUAUAGCAAUAGAUUGA